UUUCUGCAGUGUUUCUCGUAUUGGAUGCAAAACGUGAUUAUUCUAUAAUGCCAAACUUCGAUAUGAACGGCGGGAAAUUGUAAAGUGAGGUUAUGAUGUUGUGUUUGUAUCCUAUAUUUGUGGUAUUUCCCAUCAACAGAACAUGUCUGUUUUUGUUUGGAGGAAGGAAUUUUUAACUUACAAUAUGAUCGCUUAAACUAUUUAUAACGUUUUGUUAGAGUGGCGCGCUUUCUUUUUGUUUUGUUAUUGCGUGUUGCAAAUGUGAAAGAUGGAAGAGCAGAAAUGGAUUCGACGGAAGACAAAAGCAAAGAAUGAAGAAAAUCUUGAUCACCUCGCACAUGCUUGUAAUAAGCUGGGGGAGCUGCAUUUCAAACAUAAUCGAUAUGAGGAUGCUUUGAAAGAGUAUAAGGAAGAGUCCACAGUGUGUGAAGCAUUGGGAAGUGUUAUCAGGCUUGCAGUAGCACACCGGAUGAUUGGAGAGGUAUACACCAGCAUGGGCCAGUAUGCCAAGGCUUUGAAACAUCAAAUUAAGCACUUGGAAUUGGCAAGAGCAGAGGCCAAUCAAAUAGAAGAGCAGAGAGCUCUUGCAACAAUUGGCCGCACAUACUUCUGUGAGGCAGAGAGCAUUGUGAAUGAUGAUGUAUCAUACCAGUCUGCACUCUCAAAUGCUAAGAAUGCAUACAAGAAAAGUUUGGAUCUGUGUGAGAGGUUAAAAGGAAUUGGCAAGUGGGAGCAUAUGGAGAUGAGGGCACGGCUUCUGUUGAACAUAGGCCUGGUGCUGGAAUGUCAGCAUGAUCUACAAAAAGCCAUUGACAACAUCCACAAGGCUGUACAAAUCUGCAAAGAGCACGAUCUGUUUGAAGAUAUGUUCCGAUGUUACUCCUCUCUUGGCAUGUUAUACCAUCGUCAGCAUAAUAGCAGUAAGGCACUGAACAUGCUUGGACUAGCGCUGGAUGUAGCUGGCAGACUUGAAGACAAAAUACAGCUGUCUUGUGAGGUCUUCAUUAACAAGGCUGAGGUUCUUUUCAGCCUACCAGACUUCCAUGGAGCAAAGCAAGAAUUGCGUCAUGCAUACAAGCUCAACACUCCUAUAGAAUCUGACCAGAAGACAAUAUCAAAGAACUUGAAACUUGCUAUUGUAAUGUGUGAUACUGAAGACCAGCUGCUUAAUGUACCAGACACAGACUUUAUCACUAAGAAGAAACUGUAUGAGACUAUGGGAGAUGGGUGUGCUGCUGUGAAGAACUAUGCAAAGGCUCUGGAGUAUUAUCGAAAGAUGCUGGAGUGUACAGAGGCCCUGGGAGAAAGUGGGCAGCAGUUAACAGCAGUGUAUGUGUCACUCUCACAAACCUAUAAAGACAAUGAGCAAUAUAACCUCGCAUUGGAGUUUUUUUACAAGGAACUGGAACUGUGGGAGAACAACCCUGCAGAGGCUUGCAAAACAACACUUAGUAUUGGUGAGGUGUUAGAACUGCAAGGCAGAUGUUACGAGGAACUGGAGGAAACGUAUUACAAAGCUCGAAAGUUUGCUCAACAGGCUUCCAACCUGAAAUUGGAGGCCACAGUGUUGCGUGAACUGCUAGGUGUUCAGAAGCUCAGGGGUCGUGAUGAAUUGGCAUUUGAGACUCAGAGGGAGUUGCAACUGAUGGAGAAAAACGUCAAGGAUGAGAUGAGUAGCUCCUCUGAGGAUGAAGAAGCUUCACCUGACAUUGGGCAUGACAUCUGUCUGGAGACUUACUCAGACUCGGAAAAUGAAAAUGAGGAGUUUGAUCGGCCAAAUCAGCCUCGCAGACAACCUGCACGUCUCAGAGUUCGGAAGAAUGAGAAAGGAGAAACACAGCUGCAUUUGUCUUGUAUGAAUGGCAACCUGACACUCGUCAAGAAGCUGAUAGAGCAAGGUCAUCCUGUAAACAUUCGUGAUCACUGUGGCUGGUUGCCACUGCAUGAAGCCUGUAAUCAUGGUCACCGUGAUGUCGUGGAGUUCCUGUUAGAUAAGGGAGCAGCAAUCAAUGACCGUGGAGGCUCCCAGUGUGGUGGAGUGACACCACUUCAUGAUGCAGCAUCUUGUGGACACUUGGAUGUUAUGGAGCUGCUGCUGGACCGUGGGGCAUCUGGUUUGUCUCGUACCAAUGAAGGUCAAACUCCACUUGACUGUCUGUUGAAGUGGUAUCAGCGCACAGACAUGAGAUUUGGUCCAGUAGAGCAAACAUUCUUUGAAGAAAUUCAGAUGCGUCUAAGAACUGUGCUUGAGAAGGCUGGUCACUGUGUGGAUGACCUUACAACUUCAACCACAAAUGGAAACUGUACUUCUCGAUCACAUAACAAGAAAAGAUCCAGACCAACUGCGACUCUGCGUAGAAUGCUGGAAGAUGUGACUUCAGAGGAUGAAAGCCCAGCAUCAGGAUGGCACCAGACCAGUCCAGGGAGCAAUGUGACAUCUAGUGAUGAUCUGCCUCCAGGACAUCACCAGGAUGUAGAUGCUGAUGUUGAUGAUGGGUGGGUUGGUUCUGGACAGGAGUUGCAAAAUGCUGCUGAGGAGUAUCGCAAUGUGAUGACAAUGCUGCGAAACAAGGAACAAGCAAAUAAGGAACCAAGUUUACACAUUGAGGUGAAAGAUAUGCGGGGGUUUCUUGCAGAAGAUGAUGUUGGAGAGAACUGGUUGGAGGAUGAUAUGGCUUCCACCUCAAGACCAAACAAGAAGAGACGCCUUGCAAGUCCCAUUGAAAAGCACAGAUUGGAAUUAAUGACUGGCUCAAGUAGGAGACGCAGUGCUAUGGAGAUGGGUGUUGAGGGCGAGGAUUUGCAGACAGAGGUAAUUUUGACACCAGAGGAUAACAGACUACAUCUAAAUGUAAUCAAAGUUCCGCAUAAGAGUAGAUCUCUUGGAAUGUUGAAUGUUCCACGACAGACACUCCCAGAUACAGGGUUUGUCACCACAGCAACUCCUCAGACUACUAACUCUGUUGAGAUGGCAGCUUUACAAGCCAACAAACCUGUUGAGUUGGCUGCAUCGCUGUCAGUGCGGGUGCGUGUUGAAAACAAAUUGCUUCUGGUGCCAGUACCAUUACCAGAACAACUGACCAUUGGGUGGCUGGCACAUGAGGCUGCAAAAAGAUAUUUCAGUAUUGAAGGCUUGCAGCCUUCUCUUAGCCUUGUCACAAGAGAUGGUGCACUCCUGUCAGAUGAUGACCCAGUCUUACUUGUUAUGGGCAGUGAAGAAGUCCUGUCUACUGUAACGUCCUGGAACAUUCCACCAUUGACAGAUCGCUACAUGGAGGCCUGCCGAUCCUUGCGCUCAGCACCAGAUACACAUAUCAGUUCUUCUCUGGAAGCCAGUCAGGCCACUCAAAGAUUGCAGUUGUCAGACCUGGCACUCCCUGCAGCAGAGUUGGCACCACUGUUUCGUGCACUUAAUCGUCAGCAUACACUUCAGCAGCUUUAUCUUUCAGGAAAUUGCUUUGGCGAUGAAGGAGUCAAGUUGCUGGUUGCAGGCUUGCCAACUUUAUCUCAGCUGCAGGAGCUGGACCUUAGCUGCAACAACAUUUCGGCUGAUGGUGUCCUUCAUCUUAGCACUGUUUUUUCAAACGUCACAGCACCAGUACUUCAGGCUCUGGCAAGACUGGACCUCAGUCACAACCCACUGGGUGAUGGCGCUGUUAAACACUUGAACAUCAUACUACCUAAGCUUGUGUCCCUAACUGUGCUUCAGCUGCAAGGCUGCCAUCUUACUGUCAACUGCUUCAAGUCAGCAGACAUACUGCUGUGUUUGGAUUCUGUUCAUGUACUUGACGUGAGCUACAAUUCCCUUGGUGGAAGCGGUUUGUUGGGUUUCCUAGGAUGGGUAUGUCCAGCCCAGAUUGUCACCCUCAAUCUUGGUGCUACCACAGCAAGUGGUGAUUCAUCUGUGGCACACGAGUUAAUUCAAAUGUUUACAGAGAAGGAGUUCAACAGACUGACAACUCUCAAUCUGUCUGACUGCAAACUCAGGGAUGAGGACAUCUGGAGUUUGCUGAAAGUACUUCAGAAGGGUGGUACACUUGAAACACUGCAAUUGGCUGGAAAUACUGAAUUGAGUUCUGUGUCACUACGCCGCCUUCUGCAGUAUCAGCCUGCAUUACACUCAGUUGACCUGUCCGGUUGCACCAAUAUUGCUACAUACCUUGGGAAUGCCUCCCCACAGCUCUGGAUGGCACAAAAAUGCUACAAGAAACUGGAAUCACUGACAUUAAACUCACAAGACUUUGGUAAAGAGGAAAUGGAAGCAUUAUGGUGGGAAGCAUGGGGGGCAAGGGCCCAUGUACAGAGGGCCCCAGGAGGACUUCUUUGCUUGUCAUUGAAGGAAUAAAUUGUGAUGUUAUGAAGUGGAUAUUACAUUGACAUGAAGGAAGGCUGAUUGUAUGAGAAGAAAUUAACUUCCUGGUGGUAAAUUAUUGUCAGUACAAAAUGUCUGGAAUUAUUUUCCAUAGCAGAAAACCCACAGUGCAUUUUUAUAAAAUAUAUCAUAAUUUAAAUGUGUCUGUAAAUAGUUGGUGACAUUUCCAGAUACUUUAUUACAUCAUACUGUCAGUAUGGUAUUAUCCUAAAUAUCCAUGUGUUGAUUAUCUUUAUGCUGAUUAUAUUGACUGCACGAAAAGCAUAAAAUGGGUGUAUAAGGGAGGUUAUGUCUGCCCAUCUGCAUGUUUUAUCUUCAUACCUACUUGAUAGAUUUGAACAAAGUGUGUUAUUUGGGGUUUACUCUAGGAAUUGUCUGUAAAUUUUAAUUUUGGUUCACUUUGAUCAGAUCCAUCGAGUCAUGCACAACUGAAAUAUUGGUAGAAGAAGAAAAGUGGUCAAAUAUAACCAGUACUAUGUGUGGCAUUUCUUUUUCUGUCUGAAAAAGACUUUUCAUACAAAAUAUUAGUACAUAGUACAAGAUCUGCAGUUGUUAUUUGAAUGCAGUGAAUAUUUAAUAAAAUACAAGAGAAAAUAAUUUCUGUCUACUGAGAAUAACUGUGCAGCAAUAGAUUUGUAUCUGAGACUGGUUUAUUGUUAAAUAACACAAUUUCAUCUUCGUGUUGAAGUUAUUGUGAACAUUUUUAUUAAAACCCAUUCAUAAUUCAA